AUGGCGGCGCCACCCCUACCUCCACUCCUCUGCAGUGCCGCCUCCUCCUACCGCGUGACGCUCCUCGCCCCUCAUGCUCUCCCCUAUCGCGCGGCGGCGCGGCCGAUGGUCUCGCGCAGCUCGUCGCCCCCGUGCAUCGCCCCCACGCUGCGGCGAGCAGGGGCCCGGGCCCCUCUGCCAUGCGCGGCCAAGCGCGGCGGCGAGGCGUCUUCGAUUGGCGGGGAGGGGACGCGCAUGCUGCUUCAGGCGGCGCUGUGGGGCGCCGAGGCCGCCUACAUACUCUGGCUCUUCCUCCUCCCGUACGCUCCGGGCGACCCAUUGUGGGCUAUCUCGCAAGCCACGAUCACUGACCUCGUCGGCCUGUCGCUCAACUUCUUCUUCAUCCUGCCCUUGAUCAACUCCGCUUUCUUGAUUCCUUACAUGGCAAUCCGGCUCAACGAUGUCGACAAGAACCAGCCUCCACCGCAGACAUCAAAACUGAGUUCACUCAUGGUGCGAGGUGCAUCCGGUGUAGGCAUAACUGGUGGCCUGGUCUGCAUUUUAUCCAUUGUUUGGGCUUUCUUCGGCCGGGCAGAUGCUGAUUUUGGAGGUGUCUUGGAUCGGUGGCAAUAUGCGCAGGAUUAUGUCUUGACCGAGCGGCUUGCCUACGCAUUUCUGUGGGACAUACUGCUAUACUCGAUAUUCCAGCCAUGGUUGAUUGGAGACAAUCUUCAGAAUGCGAAACCAAAAACUACAGAGUUUGUGAAUGUAGCAAGGUUUAUCCCAGUUCUUGGCAUUGUUGCCUACCUCUUGUGCUUAGAAGAGAAAAAGGAUUAG